CGCGAUGCCUUGUGGGUAAGCGGGAAGUAAACAAAAGCACGUUGAAGAUGGAGCAUUCAGAGAGGAACAGAGUAAAUGUUUUACGGGACUUUCAAGGGUCUUUUUUCGCUAUGAGUCGCCUGGUUUCAUUUCCCUGGACAUUUUUAGAAAAAGACCUCGAAAGCAACAAAUCAUCAGACUUGAUUUCAGACAUCCUGAAACAGACGUGUCUUCACUCUCUGUGCCGGAAGUUUCCACCAUCAGUCAGAUUCAGGAGGCUGUUCCUCUCUGAGCUCAUCAGACGGCAGGAGGCCGCAGACUGCGAUCCUCUGGACGAGCUGUACGACGCUCUGGCCGAGGUGGUGGGAGCUGAAGAGACGGCCGAGUGCUACAAGAGCUACUUACUGCCCAGUGGUGAUGCUGUCAGCCUGCUGGAAAACGUAGCUCUGAUCUCAGAGGGGACCACCGGCCUGGUGACCUGGGAGGCCGCUCUCUACCUGGCAGAGUGGGCUCUGGCUCACCGGCAGACCUUCGCUGGCAGGUAUCCAACCCCUAAACCCUCCACAAGAAGAACGCCACCUAUGAGAGUCCUUUUCACUCCUCCUGUCUGCAGGACGGUUCUGGAGCUGGGCAGCGGUGUGGGGUUGACCGGCAUCACAAUCUGUCGCUCCUGCAGCCCGGACAGGUACGUCUUCAGCGACUGUCACCCCAGCGUCCUGCAGAAGCUGAGAAACAACAUCCAGCUGAACAGUCUGGCUGAGCAGGCGUCUCCUGCAGUCAGUGUGGAGGACGUGGACUGGACGGCAGCGACAGAGGAACGGUUAAAACAGAUCGGGGCUGACACUGUCAUCGCUGCAGAUGUGGUGUAUGACCCCGACGUUGUAGGAAGUCUGGUGAAGCUGCUGUCCAAGAUCCUGAGGUGUCCGUCUCCUGGAGCCCCCCCUGAGGUCCUCAUCUGCUCCACCAUAAGAAACCAAGAGACUUACAGUGGCUUUAAGCAGCAGCUCGAAAAGGCAGGAAUCAGCCAUCAUGUGAUCCCAGGACCCGUCAGCCGCGUGUUUCCUUACAACAGAGUCUCUGAUAUAGAAAUGAUUAAACUGUACAGAUGACACAACUGUAGCACAAUAAAGAUUUUAUUUACAAAUGUA